AUGGGCCCAGCAGAAGCGAAAAACAAGUGUACAGAUAACUCAGACGGUACUUGUUCAGUUGAAUACAUUCCUCCUGUGCCAGGUGAAUAUGCCAUCGGCAUCUGUUAUGGAAAAGAAGGAGAUAAUCAGCAUGUACCUGGAUCGCCGUUCCGUAUCAUUGCCGACAUGCCAAAGGAUCCAUCUCGCAUUUUGGUCAGCGGGUUACGACCAGAUAUGCUACUGGAAUCACGUGUCGGAAGUCCUGUCUCGUUCAUCAUUGACGCAUCACAGACUGAAGAAGCUCCUAUCAGCGUCAGUGUGCCACCCAUUUAUCAGCAACCGCUGUUGGAAAGGGAGAGAGGUUCGAAACGUCUAUAUCGCGCUCGUUUCACACCUGUGGGUGAACCUGGUUCAGUGAUACCGGUGGAGAUUCUGUACGAUGGAAAGCCGAUUCCUAACAGCCCUUAUGCGAUCAAACUACUUCCUGAGACUGACGUUAACAAAGUGAGAGUUUGCGGGUUGGACGGCUCA